AUGAACAAACUAAAUAUUGUAGCUAUCGACUUCGAGUUUACAACAAUGGAGAGGACCAGUCUAGUACUCAUUUCAGGCGCUAUAUCAAACAUACACAAACAAUCCCCCAUCAUUAAAUUAAAAGGGACACCCUUAUUACUUAGAAAAAACUCAAACAAUGCCAUUCCAUUAGAUAAAACUGACAUAAACCUUGUUAUAAGAAGCCCACUAAAAAUCUUCAAAAACAAAGAACAGAAACUUACUCCAAUUCUCAAUGAACUCAAUGACAGCUUCUUAACAAAAUUUACAAACCUACAGGGCGAAUUUAUACAGAACUAUUUACUACAUGGAAACAAAAUUCCAAUUAUAAUCACUUGGAAUGGCCAAACUGACAUGGAAAUAUUAAACAGACUCAACAUAAAACAUACCUUUUUAAGCAUAAGAAGCUAUGACUUAUACAAAAACGGAUUUUUCUUUCUUCAAAUAAGCAACAUACUAACCAAACAAAUAAUAACACAAAUAGAACUAGGAGAGGUACAUAAAAACGGAAGACUACUCGACCUAACAGAAACCCACAACCUAAUAUGUAAACAAUCACACAAUAACACAUACUCACAUAACCCAGUAACAGACAUACACUUCAUCCAUACAUCAACAAGUCUAGCCUCCGCCCGAUUUGACUCUCUUCUCCCUCGAUUUCGCAACAGUACACACGUACGCGCUACGCACCUCUCGUUACCGAGUUUUCACACACGCGAAACCUCGUGA